AAGCUGAAGUUAGGAAUAGUCCAGUUUAACCGUCACCGGGAAGCACGCUCGAGCAAGAUCACCGAGUGCGCUGAGAUAGUGAAUUCCUAAGAAGAAAAUAAUGGAUUGCAUAUUAGUUGUUCUCUGAGUAUUUGGACUCAACAGUGUACAAGUUUAUUGCAAAGGCCAAAAGAGGAUGGCAACUCCUUAUGUCCCAGUUCCUAUGCCCAUAGGAACCUCUGCUUCCAGUUUUACAGCCAACAGAAAUCAAAGGAGUUCUUCAUUUGGCAGUAUCUCAACAAGCUCAAACUCUUCCAGAGGCCAAUUAGAAGAUUCAAAUAUGGGUAAUUGUAAACAGACAAGUGUGCCUGAUCAUAUAGAUAGUACUUCAUCUGUCUGUAACAGUCCUCUCGUUAGGACUAAAUUUACAGGUACAGAUUCAUCCAUUGAGUAUUCUACUAGACCAAGAGAAAUUGAAGAACAAAGUCGUGAAACAGUGAAUUGGGAAGAUAGACCAUCUACACCUACUAUACUGGGUUAUGAGGUAAUGGAAGAAAGAGCCAAAUUUACUGUGUAUAAAAUACUUGUAAAGAAAACCCCAGAAGAGAGUUGGGUAGUUUUCAGAAGAUACACUGACUUCUCUAGGCUUAAUGACAAACUAAAAGAGAUGUUUCCAGGCUUUCGAUUAGCACUUCCACCAAAACGCUGGUUUAAAGAUAACUAUAAUGUCGACUUUUUAGAAGAUAGACAAUUAGGAUUACAAGCAUUUCUUCAAAAUUUAGUAGCUCACAAGGACAUUGCUAACUGCCUUGCAGUGAGAGAAUUUCUUUGUCUGGAUGAUCCACCAGGUCCAUUUGAUAGCCUAGAAGAAAGCAGGGCUUUCUGUGAAACUUUAGAAGAGACUAAUUACCAUUUACAGAGGGAACUACUUGAAAAACAAAAAGAGGUGGAAUCAUUGAAGAAACUGCUCAGUGAGAAACAACUUCACAUAAAUGCUUUAGAGAGCAGAAUCAGAACAUUAUCUUUAGAAGCUGAAGAAUCACUGUAUGUAUCAGGAGUAGAAGGUGGACGGAUCCUACGAGUGGAGUCCUGUGGAGUUGAAGUUGAUCAAGAUAUCGUGGAUGAAGAAUCUAGAGCUGAUAGUAAGCCACACCUAAGCUUCUGUGAACCUGAAAAUGCCACCUCAGAGAUAGAAGUAGCAGAAUUGGCAUAUAACGCUGAAGAAGACUAAUACAAAACACAAGCAGCUCUCCAUUUCAACAUUUCAGCAAAUUUAGAAUAGAGUGGCAAAUACCAUUUAAAAAGAAAAAAAGGACUAUGAAACAUUGACGAAAAGAACAAGAAUGUAUAUAUAUAAAGUUUACAUAAAAGUUUUUUUAAGUUAUUGGGAUAGGAAAUAUAUUCAUUGCUGCUUUUAAUUGUCUUCUAUUCAGCUUUGUAUUUAAUACACUGAAAAAAUCUAGUUAGAAUUCUGUUAUCAAGGUCUACAUUCUUAAAUACUGUACAUAAAUUAUUAUGGUGUUUUGCCUGUAUAAUGCUCCAGACGUGUGUGUGUGUGUGUGUGUGUGUGUGUGUGUGUGUGUGUAUGUGUGUAUAAUCAACAGUUAUAUUAGUCAAAUGGAAAUUAGUUGCAUGUUACUAUCUGGGUGAUGUAUACUUCUUUGUAUCUCUGAAAUGACAUAUUUUCAUUAAUGGCUUAAAUCAGUGAACAUCACAGUAAGGGUAAAGAUGAGUUGAGUUUUAAAUGUUGACAUGUUUGCCAUUUCCAAAUAAAAAUUCCUUAUUUGAAAUGUUAAUACUAUUUAAAAGAGGAGAAUGACUUUCUAGUACCAAAGGAAAACAUUUAAAGAGCUAUAAUCAUAUAAUAGCUAACGUGACAAAAUAGCCUUGAUUUUAAAAGUGAAUUCAUUGGUAAAUAUUUUAUAAAUGUCCCAGUUUAUUGAUAUGUUAGACUAGUUUAUUUGCCACAUCAUCAUCUUAAAUCUCUAUCAGUAGAUUGAGUGAGUUUUCCUUUUUCAGAACACUACCUCUCUUUGCUAAUCAAGGUAUAUUCUUUUGAAAAUACACUACAUAUUUGAAAUUGGGAGUUGUACAAAAAAAGAAAGCAGAAAGCCAUAGACACUGCAGAUUUCCUAAAUGGCUUGAACCCAUGGCAUUAUGGUUUUAUUUCUGUGUCUGUGAAGGUGUUGUUACGCUGUGUUAUGGCUGAUUUUCUUUUUAAUGUAUUUAGCCAAGUGAUGCACUUUAUGAAAAUUAAACUCAUUUGUGCCAAGUUUAA